AUGGCUGCAACGCCCAACCGGGGCAUCGCCGUCAUCUCCGGGGGAAGCGCGGCAAACAAUCUGGUCGACGUGUUCGACGCAAUCCGGGCGAGCAAAAAUUGCCCCCUAAGCUAUAUCAUCCCCAUCAGCGACAAUGGAGGCUCGUCUUCCGAGUUAAUUAGGAUAUUUGGAGGGCCGGGGAUCGGCGAUGUUCGAAGUAGAUUGGUCCGCCUGAUCCCGGACUUGCCAGUAAAUCCAGAGCGAAUGGCCAUCAAAAAACUGUUUAAUCAUCGUCUACCCGCGGAAGCGGCCGCGGCAUCCCUUGAAUGGCUCUCUAUCGUGGACGGCACAUCUGGCCUGUGGAUCUCCAUCACGCCGGCAAAGAAGGAGUUGAUUCGCUCUUUCUUCAACAUGCUGAACUUGGAAAUUCUCAAGCGAGCGAGACCACCGUCGUCGACUUUUGAUUUCACAUUGGCUAGCGUGGGCAAUCUGUUUUUAACCGGAGCGCGAAUCUUUAGUGGAAGCUUUGAAAGCGCCAUUUAUCUUCUCGGGAGUAUAUGUGGUGUGCAGUCGGAUAUUGUGCGGGUUAUUCCGGCGAUCAACUCGAAUUUCUCGCACCAUAUAUCUGCCACCCUCAUUGAUGGGACUAUGAUCGUUGGGCAGAAUAGCAUCUCACAUCCGAGCGAGGCAACGGCACUCGGGAAUGCUCAAAGCGCUAGACGCCCCAGUCUUCUUCUCGCCGAUGGGGAUGACUUGGAGGACACCGAUGUCUCCGAUACUUCGGAUACGGUCUCAUAUGAGGAAGACCAUCUCCCUGGAUCUCUUGCCACCCUGCGAAAUAAGAACAUUGCAUUCAGCAAAGCCAAAAACGAAGAUCUACCAUGUCGCAUCAGCCGCAUUUGGUACAUUAAUCCCUACGGCCAAGAGAUCCGACCAGCGGCAAACCCACGCGUUCUGGAGGCACUAAAUGACGCACAAGCUAUUGUAUACAGUAUCGGCUCUCUCUAUACGUCUAUCAUCCCUGCAAUUAUUCUUCGCGGCGUGGGAAAGAGUAUUGUGAACAGUCCAGCGCGUCACAAGAUUCUAAUCCUGAACGGGUCACUAGACCGAGAGACUGGUCCCCCAUCUCAAUCCUUUUUAGCAUCUGAUUUCGUUGAGGCUAUUGCACGUGCCGGCGAAGAAAGUCGUGGACGACGCCCUGAAAGUUUUCCACCAUUGCAAGGAUCGCAUGACUCGACUUCAUCCCCAGCCACUAUUCGGCCAUACAGUGUGAUUCCGUACGCCUCGUAUGUGACACACAUUCUUCAUCUAGACGGACCGGGUACCCCGCAGGUUGACAGGGAGAGACUGGCUCAGAUGGGAAUCGAGACAAUGCGUCUAUACGGGCGGAAGGCUACCACCAAGCAUAAAGAUCAAGAAGAGAUUGUUGGUAUGCAGUACGAUUCGAAUGCUUUAAUUCAGGCUCUUGAAGUUGUGUUAGGGAAGAAGGGAGAUGCGAUGGUGCGAGGGGGUGUGGAUGGUGGUUUAUGGAGGAGGAACACCCUUGAUCCAGGCAGACGGGAGAAGAAAUAG